UGUACUAUUGUUCCCAAUGUGGCUACCAUUCCCUAUGUCGAUUAAAUACUGACUCGAUCUUUUGUUACUAUACCCUUCUUCUCAUUUCGUUGCCGAACUUUGCAGACAAUGGAAAGUAACCAAAUCAAAGAUGAAGAACUUGUUGUAAACGAUCAACAAGAAAUCUUCGAAUCCUUUGUUUGCUGCGUUUGUUUGGAUCUGUUAUACAAGCCCAUUGUGCUAUCUUGUGGUCACGUAUCAUGUUUCUGGUGUGUCCAUAAAUCCAUGAAUAGGUCGCGCGAAUCCCAUUGUCCAAUAUGUAGGCAUGGAUACUAUCACUUUCCAACAAUCUGUGAAAUGCUUCACUUUUUGCUUGUUAAGACAUAUCCUGCAGCUUACAAGAGAAGGGAAAAUCAGACACUUGUGGAAGAACAGAAAAUGGGUUUUUUCUCUCCUGAGUUAGAUGCUUGUACCCGUACUACCAUCAAUCUGGCAUCUAACUCAUGCAGCACGGAAUCUUUUGAAAGUACAGAGCGAUCAAGGUCUGCAAAUCAUAAAGGAGAUGAAGGCAUCAUCUAUUCUAAAUACUCUUCUGACAAGAAACCUCAAACUAUAGUGACUGCUUCUGUUGAAGGAAAAAAAUUGCCUCAAAGUGAGCACAAUCAGCAACCAAAAAUAUUAGUUGCAGAUUUGAUGUGUCCCACAUGCAAGCAAAUGCUCGUUCAUCCUGUUGUUCUGAAUUGUGGUCAUGUAUACUGUGAGACUUGUAUCACUGACUUAUCUGAUGAGAGGCUUAGAUGUCAAGUUUGUCAAAGUCCACAUCCCAGAGGAGUUCCAAAAGUUUGUUUGGCUCUUGACCAAUUUUUAGAGGAGCAAUUUCCAGAAGAGUACACACAUAGAAAGGAUGCAAUUCAACUUAGCCAAAUCAAAGUCCAACCAGAGACCACAUCUUCUGGUUCAUUGCAUAACGACAAUGGCGAAAAGAUAGCUUGGUGGUCUCAUCCUGGAUUGACAGUUCACAUAGCAGUUGGUUGUGAUUUUUGUGGGAUGUUCCCAAUAGUUGGGGACAGAUAUAGAUGUGAUGAUUGUAAAGAAGAGAUUGGCUUUGAUCUUUGUGGUGAUUGCUAUAAGAACCGCUCAAAGCGUCCGGGACGAUUUAAUCAGCAGCACACCCCUGACCACAAUUUAAAGCUUAUACAAUGUCGACGGACACUAAAUAACAGACAGUGGAUUGGACAAGUUUCGUCGGAUUUGGUAAUUAUAGACGAUGAUCCUGCUUCCUCUACUGAUGAAGAUGAAAACCAAAGUGACUCUGAAACCACCAACUGAAAAGUUGAAUUCGCAAAAUCCCAUGAUAUUUUUGUGGUACUCAUGGUAGGGAUUGAAUGCUAUUUCAUUUUUCAAUCAAGUGUAGUUGUGAAUCCUCAAAUCCACAUGGUCUAAACUGGUUAUCCUGAUUUGUACAUAUUGGUAUUUAGUUUCUAUUACAACUGAAUCUCUCUCUUGGUUGAAGCAAUUUGUGACUAUUUUUGUAUUAGUUAGGUAUAGGGAUUUGUGUUGCCUUAGGCCUUGACAAUAAGCAUCUACCUAUAUUGAUAUGGCAAGGUACAUAUAGAUGAUUAGAGAUAUUUGAAUUUUACUUUAAUUAUCUCUAUAGUAGUCAUGAUCGAAUGGAUUGAACUUUUUGUAAAGGCUGUGUAUUGCAUAGAUAACUUGAUACUCUUUUUUUUAGAAA